AUGGAGCCAUAUUGCCGCCCAGAUCCCAUUAUUCUGAGGGAAUCGUUUGAAGAAUUAGAGAGGUACCGUUUCUUGGAUCUAAUUCGCCCAUCACAUGAAAAUGUGAUCUCGGUCUCCCUAUUGAGAGGCCUGAUUAGACUUCAGCUUGCCGGACUUGUUCCUCUUGACGAACGCCUAUUUUCAGAUGUCGUUGUUCCUGGAAAUUCAGCAGAUGUCCGCAUAGCUGCUCUUGAAGGUCUUUUAUUUUUAAGACAUGGCGACGAGGCGUUUUUGCUGGAUUUGCUGGCCGAUGUGUCCAGCGAAAAGAUGAUUGAUUGCUUUGCAUAUGCAGAUGCACUGUGCUUCCAAAAAGAGGUUUUCAAAACCAUUAGAGAAAUGAUGCCAAUUUCGUCCCACCUUUCCUCAAACUUGCAAUCUAGUCAGCUUCGAGAGUAUCUGGAAAAGGCCCUGGUUGGAGCCCUCAUAAGCAGGGAUUUGCAUAUAUUUGAUGCAAUCAUUUCCAUGUGUCAGGUUGCCUUUGCUCAUCCAUUGGAAAAUAUAGAGGAAAGCCUUGUCAAGCUGGAGGAGGAACAGGGGGAGGAAGCGAGAGAAGGACAGGGGCAGUAUCACCGCUCUGCAUUGAUAAUUUUUAGCUCGGGGCACAAGGGAAUGUAUGGGCAUGAGUUUAUUGAGUUUGAGGUCCGCUCUGACGGAAAGCUACGAUAUGCCAACAACUCCAAUUACAAGAAAGAUACCAUGAUACGAAAAGAACUAUUUGUAUCGCCAUCCGUGCUGUCUGAGAUGAAAAAGAUUAUUCUAGAGUCCGGCAUAUUGAAGCUGGAUGACGCCACCUGGCCCCUUCCCGAUAAAUCGGGGCUCCAAGAGCUGGAGAUCUUGGUGAACGGCCAGUCUGAACACAUUUCUUUUUCCACAAGCAAGCUCAACUCGCUUGCACAAGUGCAGGAGAGCAAAGAUCCAGAGGGACUAAAGAUCUUUUAUUAUCUUGUCCAGGAUCUAAAGAAUCUCGUUUUUGACUUGACUUCGCUCCAUUUUAAGGUAGGAAACAGUAAAUACAACCACGGCAAUCCGGAUCGUGACACCGGCUUUAUCUUUUAUUUUUUAAUUUCUUGA